CUCUAGUGUCAGUCUCUAGUGUUCCCAGGGUUGACACUCGCAUAGGCAUCCCCUGUGCCCCUUGAGGCUGUCCCCUGCGCUCCUCAUCCCAGCUGCAGGCUGGGUGGAGCCGCCCUCGCAGUUUGGGCGUGUUCUUCCCUCUGCCCGGAGGACCGUGAGUCCUCUGUCAGGGACACAGCGAGUGGACGACUGACCGGUGCUAGGCGCGCGGCCACCAUGACGGGAAGCAACAUGUCUGAGUGUUUGGCCGAUGCCCUGUGCCAGCGCUGCCAGGCCCGGUUUGCCCCCACAGAGCGCAUUGUCAACAGCAAUGGGGAGCUCUACCAUGAGCACUGCUUUGUGUGUGCACAGUGCUUCCGGCCAUUUCCCGAGGGGCUCUUCUACGAGUUUGAGGGCCGGAAGUACUGCGAACAUGACUUCCAAAUGCUGUUUGCUCCAUGCUGCGGAUUCUGUGGUGAGUUUGUCAUUGGCCGAGUGAUCAAGGCCAUGAACGCCAACUGGCAUCCGGGUUGCUUCCGCUGUGAGCUGUGUGACGUGGAGCUGGCUGACCUGGGCUUUGUGAAGAACGCCGGCAGGCACCUCUGCCGGCCUUGCCACAACCGCGAGAAGGCCAAGGGCCUGGGCAAAUUCAUCUGCCAGCGGUGCCACCUCGCCAUCGAUGAACAGCCCCUCAUGUUCAAGAAUGAUCCCUACCACCCGGACCACUUCAGCUGCUCCAACUGUGGGAAGGAGCUGACCUCCGAUGCCCGAGAGCUGAAGGGCGAGCUCUACUGCCUGCCUUGCCAUGACAAGAUGGGCAUCCCCAUUUGCGGGGCUUGCCGCCGGCCCAUUGAGGGUCGCGUGGUCAAUGCACUGGGCAAACAGUGGCAUGUGGAGCACUUUGUCUGCGCCAAGUGUGAGAAGCCAUUUCUGGGGCAUCGGCACUAUGAGAAGAAGGGCCUAGCAUACUGUGAGACCCACUACAACCAGCUGUUUGGGGAUGUCUGUUACAACUGCAGUCAUGUGAUAGAGGGUGAUGUGGUGUCAGCCCUCUGCAAAGCCUGGUGUGUGAACUGCUUCUCCUGUUCCACCUGCAACAUGAAGCUCACUCUGAAGAACAAGUUCGUGGAGUUCGAUAUGAAGCCCGUGUGUAAGAGGUGCUAUGAAAGGUUCCCCCUGGAGCUGAAGAAGAGGUUGAAGAAGCUGUCUGACCUGACCUCCCGCAAGGCCCAGCCCAAGUCUGUGGACAUCAACUCAGUCUGAAGGUCCUCAGCCUCCUUGCCUGCCUGCAGAACCUUAGUCCUCACCCCCCUGCCCCAAGUCUUGCUAGCCACCUCCCACUUCUGCUCCAUCCUAGCCCACUCUUCAGGUAUGCCAUCUUUUCUGUUUCCAGUCCACCUUGGGCUAUGAAGCUCAUUCUGAAGUGAGUAGUGGUGGGUGCAUUACAGCCUUGAUUUUUCAGCCCGCUUUCCCUGAACUGAAGCCUCAGGCAAGCCCCGGGCAUACUCUCUUCUGUGCUGAGGCCUGGCCCACACAUUUCCCAGGCAUUUCUCCCUGGGCCCACAGCCUCCAGGGACAGGAACAAACUGGGCCAGGAUUAUUUGCCACUUGCUUGACUCACAGAUCCGAACCUGAUACCUCUCCUCUCCACUCUCCCAGGAGAGUUUCAGCCCCAGCGUGACCCUUAGGCUUGCCUGAGAAGCUGUCCCAGGCCCAGGGCCAGCACCAUGCAGGUAGAGGCUUCAGGGACGUGCCCUUCAGUUAUUCAACCACAGUAGGUCUUUGUGCUUACACUGUGUCAGCAAACCCACCUCCGGGAUGGAGCAGCUAGAGGUCUCCAUUGCCUUCACUACUCAGGAGACCUCCAAGAAAGCUGCUCAGCUGCUCACCAAGCCUGGGGGGGUCCCACUUCCCAGGGGCACAUUGCCCUGGCCAUCGCAGACCCACAAGUGGUCACAUACUUGCACAAUGAAGGCUGAUUCACAUA